AUGCGCGAGCACUAUACGCGGCCCUGGGAAGGGCCUCUGCGAGAUGCUCGUCACGAAUUCGGUGCCGCCGUUAUAGAUCCAGCAAAGUAUCUUGGACGCAGAAUCCCAACGAGCUUAACAAAAGCCGCGUUGUAUUUUUGGGAGCCGGAGCAGGUUGCACAUCAUAAUCAGGACGCGCCUAGACCCAACUUGAUCUACCCAGCAUACGAAGACCCCGUCUCUCUAGGGCUAUGCAAGCUGGCUGCGCAAUUAGAAAUAUUGGAUGUACGGGCGUUGAUCACAAAGGAUAUGUUCCCUAACCCUGAAGUGGCAGCGCCGUGGUCAAAAAUGCGUCGUCUCCGCAUCGAAUUCCAUCCCCUCCGUCCAGACGGCCGAUGGUACUUCAUUGGCCCCCGUGGCGAGGACCCCCACGACUCUGAAGAAGGCGGGUUUAAGAUUUCAGAUUCUCACUACCCUCGUGACUACGACAUUGAAGAGGACGGAGAGCUCGACGAGGAGUGGGAAGAUGACCCCUUGGGAGGUACGGACUGGGAUGAUGACCCAGACUUGUUCCGUACUGAGCCGUGUAGGGAAAGGAUUGAGCCACUACUCAAGGCAUUUGCUGAAGCACUGACUAACAGCAUGCCGAAUCUGGAGGUCGCUGAGAUGUAUGCGGCCUUGUGGUGGACCCCGUCAUUUAGAAGAGCAGUUGAGUACGGUGUUGGUCCUGAGGAGGCUAUCGAGACCAAGAUCCAUCGGUGGGGUGUCAAGUACUCGGCCGGUGAAAAGGGUGGCGAUGCUACCGCACCGACGGUCCAAUGGCAAGUCGGUGACUGGCGGCCUAGUCAGGAUGUCAUGAGCAUCUUCGAGAGCCUAGGACAACAAGAGUGGCUCGAUCUCGAAUUCACCGACGGAAGGAAGCGGGGCGGGUUGAACGGGUCGCUUGACGGGAGCUCAUUGUUCUAG